AGAGUCACUUAAUUGAGCACCGAUAGAAUGGAUGGCAGUCAGCAAACGGCUUCUAGUUUGGCUAGCUAACGUCAACUUUGUAACUGUUAAUUUUGUGUUAUUGUGCCAGUAGUGGCCUUGGGAGCUGCUUAAUUACAAGCAAUAAAAGAUUAAUUUUAGAUUGAAAAUGAUGACGUUUGCACCUGGAAGACGAUUAAUUUCUGGGGCUUCAGUAUGGAGAUGUCUUCAGCAGACCACCAGAGCACCAACCUACACCACACAAGCUCAGCUGCUGUUUCACUCUCAAACCUCAUCAGCGUUAAUGCCACCCAGAUCAGCUUCCACCAACUUGCUGUUGAGUACCAGGCCCGUGAGCUUGCAUGUCUUGCGUCUCUUCCACGGGGAUUCACAAAGUACUUCCAACAGAGGAAACACUAGGAAGGGAUUCAGUUUGAGGGCUCUCACCCAGUCUCCCAAACCAGCUUUAUACCUUGGCUUAUCUGGGCUCAUCCCCUUCGUGUCUGCGCCUCUCCUGAUGAAUGUCACACAGUCCUUCAUACCUGAAGUGGCAUAUGCUCAAGUGGUUUAUGGAGCCUGUAUAGUGUCUUUCUUCGGAGGUGCCCGCUGGGGGUUUGCGAUCCCUCCCGGUAGUCCGGCUCAGCCAGACUGGAUGAACUUGGCGAACAGUGUGGUGCCAUCACUUCUGGCAUGGUUGGCACUGCUCUGCAGGGACAAUAUUGCAGAGGGAGCCCUGGUCAUUAUCAUGGGACUGGGUCUGUCACUGCACUAUGACCUGACCCUGCUGCCAGGUUACCCUGCCUGGUUCAAAGCCCUGCGAACUGUUCUCACUCUGGUCACCACCUUCUCACUGGUGGCUACACUGAUAAUUAAGAAAUUCUAUACUGAGAAGAUGAUCAAAGAGAUUCUGAACUGAGGACAGUUUGUACUUUGAUCCACAUGGAGUCAUUAAAAAUAUAAAAUUCAAUAAAGAUGUACAGAUAAGUACACCAACUCUCAGCAUUCAUUGUGUUCUAGAAUGUUUGGGACCAGUGGGAGAUGUGUAAAUGUGUCAUAUUAUUUUGAAAAUGAAUAAACAGUUUUCAUGUGGCAAAACGGAAACAAACUUCUAACCUAUUAGGAUCUAGAUCAGUGAUCAAAAUAUAGUGCAGGGCAGACAGUACAUUGCUUAUAGUGAAAAGUAUAAACAAAAAGAACCCUAUUUGAAAAUAUGUAUGAAGAGAUUCAAAUAUGACAAUUUUACAUAUGCAAAUUUCAGGCAACAGGUGAACACAGGGACUAUUUGCAUACUUUUCUUUUCCAUUAUUGUCCAACUCAGGCCUCAUAGAAGUCAAGACCACUG